UUAAAUAUAAUAUAAUAUAUCAUUAUAUCCAUUGAUAACAACCAUGUGUUACAAUCAGAUAACUAAAUCAUUAUUAUUAACUGUAUCACCACUACUACUAUUGGUGACCACUUUUGUGAUUAUCGGCGAUACGGCGGCAAUCAGUGUCAGGGCCGCUACCGAUGCUGCCUAUUGUAAUCCAAAAUUACCGAUCAAACAGUCACUCAAUCUGGAUAGGUAUGUCUUUAUGGGACAGGGAUUAAAAUCUACCGGUUAUUAUCAGUUUGAUGGUAGCGGUAGCCGAGGUAGCAGCCGAUUAUGGCCAGUGGCCGGCGGCAAACAAAAAAAGUUUGACAUCGACUCGCUAUUUGGCAAAAACUCGUUUAAUUGGUUGGACACGGCUUUCAGUUUUACGUUUCCCGAUGACGGCGAUUGUGGCCGCGCCGGCAGCAACAGUGACCCGGCCUAUUGCCCGGCCAUCCGACGUGCACGGGAUCUGGUAGUGGUAAUCGGUCGACGCCACGGUAUUAUCGAUGGACACCGAGCCUACGGCUAUAUGACCUAUCGGGUGACCAACAGAGGCGCCGGCAAGACUGGUGGGGGUCUCAGUCUAUAUCCGGUCAGCGAUACCGACAGUACGGUCUGGGGUCUGGCCUAUAGCGGUUCAAUUAACGAAUCAUUUUGGCCACAACUAGCCGACGGCAGCGAACCUUACUAUCAUUCGGCAGUAUUUGUUGGCCACCGACGCGAGCUAUUGUUGUCCGUUUACGAUGGCUACCAGUCGGACAAUAAACUCAUGUCCCGGCGACUGCUAGCCGAUGGCCAGUGGUCUGAUUGGUCGAUAGUGGCCACAACUGGUUGCAACUUUCGCGGAAUGUUUGCCAUCGGCGGCAGUGGCAGUGGCGGCGGCGCCGGCGGUACUGCCGAUGAUGUCUACGGUUUUACAAAGACUAACGAUUUGUUUAAGUUUGUUUGGACGACACCGCGGGAGUCGACCGGAGCCGCGGAUUUGGACACUAAGCUAACAUUUGAACCAAUUUCCAAAUUGAAAGUAUUUCUCAACUGUUAUGCCAACUCGUCAUCACUGCCUGGCUUUAAGACACCGCCGCCACCGACAGUACCUACCAGUCCUGCCAGUCCUAACCCAAUCACUACUACUACUGGCGUCCACCCGGAGCUGAACGACGGUAUGAUCGCACCCGCCGUUCACGACAAUGCCGUCGUCACCAAUACUACCCACUCCUUGGAUGUUACCGAUGAUGUUACCGAUGAUGACGAUGAGGACAAUGAUGGCGGCGACAAUGGUGUCAAUGAAUACAACGAUCCCAGUCUGGAGGAUAAGCCUCUGUGGUCGCCAUCAUCGGAGGCCAGUGUCAGCGGCAACGGAAGUAGUGGCGGUGGCGGCGGCGGCGGCGAUGAUGUCAAUCAAAUGCAAAACAACGAAACCAAACUCAAAGAGCUAAUAGACGAGAUCAACAAACAGCCGCCGAUGGACGCGAUGGUCAAGUCGGCCGAUAUGACGCCCAUCUACUUGUUUGCCAUUGUCUUGCUAUUGAUAAUCGUUGCCAUUGUUGUGGCCAUUGUUAUCCGACGAAAAAAGUCUGCCCGAAGAGGAGUCAUGUAUAUGAAUCAGUCGACCAAUGAUGACAACGACGACAACAACGGUAUUGCCGACGACAACUUGAAGACAGUCGAGACAAUGCCAUUAAAAAGUAGUAAAACUAAUAGUAAUAAUAAGACAAAUACUAAUAAUAAUAUUAUAAUUACUAAUCAUAAGAGAAAAUCACAGCAAACUUAAAAAAAAACUUUUUAAAAAAGUUUUUUUGUUUUUGAAAAUAAUUUUAUAUAUA